UGUUGACAAGGAGAUAUCUUCGCGACGUUAUCCAUCUUCAAGACAGUCACUAGAUUUGAGCUUGAACAUUUUGCAAAUAAAAUCAUACAGACAUCUUGUAUACAGAUUUGAUAUGGCUGGAUCUGGCUCUAUAGAUGUUUCAAUCAUUCUGUCUGCUGCUUGUAGCGACAAAACCCAACAUGGAAUUAACAUUGAGAAAAAGGAUAGUUUUGGAUGUACACAAACGAAGAACCCUGGUCAAGAAAUGAUAAUUACUGCAUUUGACAAUAAACAAUCAAACAAAAAGAAAUCGUCUUGGACUAGGCACGUACUCAACAAAAUUAUGAAGAUUAAAGGAUCAAUGACCAGACGAGUAAAACAUAGACAGACACGUGAUACGGAGUUUUGUUUUGAAGACGAAGAGGAAUAUUAUCAGCAAGAAUUUACGACGACAACCAUGAAUAUUGAUAACGAAUGGCUGGAUUUGGGUAACGAUUUUGAGUUCUAUCCCAGUGAGGAAUUCUGGGACAUAGCUGGUGUAGAUAUGUUACCGGAAGCAGUCUCAGAGAAUGGAGGACUGUGGGAAGUAGCAGACGGAUAUACUUCAAGUGAAACACCAGCAGAGGAAAACAAGUUUUGCAAAAUAGCAAAAACAGACUCUCAGUCUCUUUCAGACACACAAAAAAGAAAAACAAAUAAGCUUGGUCGAAAAUUGUUGAGAAAUUUGUUAUGCUGCUCUUGUAAAACAACCAGAUGA